UGCUUUGUGUUGUCAGGCAGAAAGACGCAGCAGUCAGUCAGGGUGGCGUGUGUCCUGAUCCACGGGCACCAAGUCUGCGCCCACUAACAAACAAUAGCCCCAGCACUUUACAGCCUCUCUCUGCAGGAGUAGCCGGCUACCGUCCAUCUUUCCGCUCCGCUCCGCUACCAUGUCGGUGAGUGUGGAGUCUGGAUUCUCGAGCGAGGAGGUCCUGAACAGCCGCUUCCCGCUCCACCGGGCUUGCAGGGAUGGAGACGUCGGUGCCUUGUGCUCCCUGCUUCAGUGCAACUCCAACCCGGCUGACCUCACGGUGGAGGACACCUUCUACGGCUGGACGCCCAUACACUGGGCCGCUCAUUUCGGAAAGCUGGAGUGUGUGAUGCAUCUGGUUCAAGUGGGCAGUAAUGUGAAUGCAGUCACCUCCAGGUUUGCACAGACGCCCACUCACAUUGCUGCAUUUGGAGGCCACCCUGAGUGUUUGUUAUGGCUACUUCAAACCGGCGCAGAUAUUAACAGACAGGACUAUGUGGGCGAGACGCCCAUCCACAAGGCUGCUCGUGCGGGCAGUCUGGAGUGUAUCAACGCUCUCUUGAUUCAGGGAGCGAAAGCUGAUAUGAGGAAUGCCAGUGGGCUGACUGCUGCUGACCUGGCCCACGCGCAGGGAUUCCAGGAGUGCGCUGAAAUUCUCUCCAAUGCCCAGAACUUCCAACAAAACAUGGCUCAGUCCCACAAUGGGGUUUUUCUGAAUGGCAUGACCCGGAAUGGGGGCCACGCUCACCCCACCAUCCAAGGACGCAGCUUCUUGAAUGGCGUGCCCAACAGAAAGCGGUCUUUUGAUGGCAUGGAAGCAAACCCAGGGAAGAAGGCUAGACCUAAUGGUCUCUGCAUGGCACCCGUGUUGCUGAAUGGGAAUGGGCCACUGGGUGGUGCUGAAGAGGCCCAGAUGGAGAGCAUGAACAUGGAGUUGGCAGCGACUGUAACCUCAGGUGACAGACACUGUGAGGCUUUUUCCUCAAGUGACCCUGCAGCAGAAAUCCUCUUCGGCCAGCACGUCUACAGUGAUUCACCUGAGAUCAAUAGCACUGCAGGCAGCCAGGUGGAGCACCAGAAGUCUGUGAAAGCAGAGCAGUUGUAUGACCAUACCCUCUUCAGCACCAUGCUUCUUUAUCACGGUUCUUAAAAUUUCAAAGGAUCCAGCUGACAGCCUGUCCUUUUUGCCUAAAUUACAUGUAAGCCUAAUUAAGCAUUCAUUCGCCUUAAAGCCACUGAGUGGUCCAGUUCAUUGAAUUUAUUUGUUGAAAACAGCAGACCCAUUGUUGUGGAUGGAUCUGAGAUUUGUAACUGAGUAAAAAGUGGAUUUUUGUUUGUACUGUUACGGAGAAAGUGUUUGUUUAGCUUGAUAUUACAGUUUGAUUAAAAUGCAAAAACUGAAAUACACUACAAGUAAGCAUCAGUGUUGAACCACUGCCAGUACUUCAAUUUUGUUUCUGUCUCAACUUGAUGUUAAUGAAACCAGUGCUAAUUCAUCCAAUGUAACUCAUUAUUAAUUAAAGAAAAGGUUUUGCAAGAG